CCAUUCCGUUUCGGCCAUGGUUUAUUAUGAUACUCCGGAAGUAGACCAAACGACAGCGUUUCCGUGGAUGCCCAUUAUGCAUUCGGACGCCCGUCAUUCCUCUUCGUCUUCGACCUUGAAUUGAACGGAAAGGAGAAACUCAGUAGGGUUCUGGGUUUUGAGUGAAAUUUUGCGUAAAUGCCAAGCAAGAACAAGAGGAAAAGGAACGAGGUGCGAGAUAGGCCCACCAUCCACCCGAGAAAUAAGUACUCCGACAAGCCGCCUGAUUUUGCUCAAUUGGCGUCUCUGUACCCUUCAUUUAAGCCCUUCGUUUUCUACUCUCGGGACGGUCGGCCCAGAAUCGACUGGACAGACUUCAACGCAACUCGAGAGCUUACUCGGAUCCUCCUCCUCCACGAUCACGGCGUCAGCUGGGAGUGUUUUUGAUAGUGGAUUCCUGAUGGGCAACUCUGCCCAACUGUGCCCAACAGAUCUAACUACAUCCAUGACGGCAACUUGAUCAAUGUUGAAAGUGAGACUGAUGCAGAUGUGGUGGUGAGUGCAAUAGAGGAGGCAGAGCCUUUGGUCCCAUCUUCAUUUGAUAUGCGUGCUGGUGCUGAUAAUAGUUAUUUUGGGCCACCUAUACUUCUUGGUGUGGUCAGGGAUGAUGAGAAAUUUGAUUUCUGCAUGUGCAACCCUCCAUUUUUUGAGACCAUGGUGGAAGCAGGACUAAAUCCAAAAACUUCUUGUGGAGGAACUCCUGCGGAGAUGGUUUGCCCAGGCGGAGAAAGAGCUUUUAUUACUCGCAUUAUUGAAGAUAGUUUUACACUGAAGGAAUCUUUUCGGUGGUAUACUUCCAUGGUUGGAAGAAAAUCAAACCUGAAAUUUCUAAUGUCAAAGCUCCGUGAAGUUGGAGCUACCAUAGUGAAGACAACCGAGUUUGUCCAAGGCCAAACAUGUCGAUGGGGCCUUGCCUGGUCUUUUUUACCCCCUCCUAGAAAGAUUAUAUCAUCUCAUGUUGCUGAAAGAAAUGUCUUGUCUUUCAUGGUUGAGGGACUUCAACAUCAAUUCAGUGCCUUUCAUGUACUGCAAUCGGUUGAAUCCUUUUUUCAAGCAAAUGGUGCAUCCUGUAAAUUGAAUGCUUCUACAUUUUCUGUAGACAUUACUGCAUCCAAUGAUCAUUGCAAUGCAAUCCUGAAAAAUGAGGCAAGAUAUCUUGAUGAGACUGCAAGUUUUGAACACAAGCAAGAGAUCUCAGAUGGUUCUCAUCUGUCUUCUUCAACCAACUUGAGUUUUCGCAUUUUGGUCUUUCAGCAAACCCCAGGCACACUCCUAGUGAAGGGAUCAUUACAGCAUAGAGAUAACCCACUCUCAGGAUUAUUUUCUCUGAUAUUCCAACAAUUGGAGGAAAACCUGACGUCCAAAUUUUGUGGAUAGGAUCGGCCAAAUAGUACGAUUAUGCAGCUCUUAAAAUGUGAUGUGAAUUUUUAGCUUUCAGAUCACAGACCAUGUUGAAAUUUUCCUGCCAUCAAUUGCUCAAGGAGUUGGUUGAACCAGUCCAGAGAAUGAGGAAACAAUCUCGAAGAAAUAUGAAGAAAUGACACUAUACAUUUUGUGCCAUUAGAUCUUCGAUUAUCUGUUGGUUCUUGUUCUCCUUCAAAGAUCAUAUUUUAAAAUAUGUGGGUAGCAUAUAUAUAUAUAUAUGUGUGUGUGUAGUGGGUGGGUACUUGGCAAAAUUACUCCCAGGGCAAUCAAGUCCGCAGAUAAAAGGAUAAGGUGGUUGCUUGAUUUAGAUUGAAUGAUUUUUCAAUUGGGUGCCAAGCCUUCUUAGCUUGUGAAUUAAUUGUGGAUUAAUUGCUCCAGCUCAUAAAAGAGAUAAGACAAGAGUGCUUCCACAUUUGAUCAAA